AUGAUCCUGGUAAAGGUAGUGAUGCCUACAGUUGAAGCAGAUGUGGCAUUUGGCCUUGGUAAAUUCGACCUGACCCAUGAUGAGAUUAGGUCCAGAGUGGCAAAAGCUUUGUAUUCUGUCGGAAUGUAUGAAUACUUGCAAAGACCAGUUCAAACACUUAGUGGUGGUCAGAAACAAAGGGUUGCUAUUGCUGGUGCUUUGGCCGAAGCAUGCAAAGUAUUGUUACUCGAUGAGCUCACAACAUUCUUGGACGAAAAUGAUCAGGUGAUGUUACUUAAUGUCAAUGAUAAGGUUGCCUUCCUUUGGAAGAACUUUAGCAAUUAG